CAUGUGAUGGAUGCUCACUGUAGGAUUAUGGAGAGGUGCUGAAGUGUUUUGUUGUUAAGACUUCCACACCGUCCCAGCACUUUUCUAAUACAACCUCCUCAACAUGAAGACUCUCCUCGCCGCGCUGGUCCUGUUCACUGCUGUGCUACACACUGUGUUGUCUUGUCCGAUGUGUGAAGGUGAGGGGUUGAAGUGUUACACCUGUGUAGCUACUAACCCGGACGAGUGUCACCGGCAGGGCUCGUCUGUGUGUCCUGCUCAUACAGAUGCCUGCUCUACCAUCACAGGACCCAACUCUGUGAUGAAGUCAUGCGCUUACAAGUCCUUCUGUGACAAGUCUCACAUGAGCAAUGGGGAGAUGAAGCUGGAAUGCUGCUUCAAUGAUGACUGUAACGGCCCUCACCAGUCCCAAAGCCAUGGGGAUCUCCACGACGCCGCCAUGAGCCUGAGCUCCAGCCCUGUCCUGCUGCUGGGGGUCCUGCUACUUAGACUGGCUCUCAGUUCCCUGUAAACCUGAACACAGAGACCUUUAGUAUAUACAUGUAAAAUAAAUAAAUGAAGAAUAAACGAUGGAGUAAAGGCGUUAAUAACUGAUAGAUGAGCUUUUGUCUGUUGGGCGGCAGCAUAAUCUGUGUGUGUUCUUGCUGUUACACCGCCCCCUGAUAGCACACGUGCAUCACGUGGACGUCUUUGACGUCUGCAUUCACAUCUGCAAGAUGUAUUUUUUAGAGUGUUUUCUCAUCUGCGAUACGUCUCUGCUAGGAUGUUUCCUAUCAGAUGUCAAAUA